CACACUGGAACAUCUUGACAGAAUGUUAGGUGAAAGGAAGUAUUUAUCUUCUCCGCAACAAAGGAGGAUAUAUUUAUCAGUACAAAAAAAUUAGGACAUGGCUACCAACAAGUUAACGAAUAUGACACAACCGAUGCCUCAACAUGGAGUUCAGAAAGAGAAGGAUUCCAACAAGGAAGUGAAAUCUAUGGCCAUUUUGAAGAAUGCCACAGUACAUUUUUCGCCAAACUUCUCCCUACUACAGCGAAACACAAACCUGAAUGUACCACCAUCGAAUUGGUUAAGGCAAACCUCUGUUGUGGAGCAGAACAUCCAUGAUUUUACUCAGCAUCAGAGUAGCAAGUCCUACCUAAGUAGCAUAGAGAUGGCUGGCAACUCUUUAGAUUUGACAGGAGAAGUAGAUGUCAUCACAAAUGCACAGAACAUCAAGAAACUGCUAAAGAUACCCUUUAGUCGGUCCCACAUUAGUAUGAUGGUGCAUAGAAUUGGGAAGUCACUGCUGCUGGAUGAGUUUGACAUACACAAACACCUGCUUCGUCAACAACAGGAUGACUGGAAAUGGCUAAGGGAGUUCUAUUAUGAUUGUGUUGCUAGAGAUAUGCAGAUGAAAUGUGUGCCAAGAAAGGAUAAAAGCCGCCAUAAACAACAGACCAGGAACAUGUAUUCCAAGUUUUUGUACCACAGUAUUGCUGAUGCUAAUCCUGGAGAGAAUAUUGAGAAAGAAUUUCCUGUAACCCAGGUCUUUGAGAAAUUGGAGGAGAAGGAACUAAAGCUGUUAAAUGAACAUCCAUCUGAGACUCCCAGUGGUGACUUUCACAAAGAAAUUCUGUGGAUGUUUGAGGACAUUCGUAUGCUCAUUGGAACAGACCUUCCCAUAUUUUGUGGUAACAACUACCCUUGCAUUAGUCUGAAACUAAGGGACAUGAGGACGCCUAUAAAUGUGUUAACUGGUCUGGACUACUGGCUGGAUAACCUGAUGUGUAAUGUCCCUGAGGUAGCCAUGUGUUUCCAUCUCAAUGGAAUCGUACAGAGGUACGAGCUUAUCAAAACAGAGGAUAUUCCAAACAUGGAGGAUUCAAGUUUUAAUCCUCAAGAAGUCACAGAAAUUGCCCGAAAUAUCCUGUCAUUUCUGAAGGCUAAUGCCACCAAAGAAGGCCACACAUACUGGCUUUACAAAGGUAAUGAUGAUGACGUGGUGAAGUUGUAUGACCUGACAGCCCUAUGUGGAGACAAUAUGGAAGGUUCAAAUCCAUUCACAGUACCACUGGGCAUGUUACUGUAUCGAGUGGCACGUAACUUACGGCAACAACAUCAGAGAAAGAAAGCACCAACCGUGCGGACUCUUCUAGAAAACUGCCUGCUACUUCUUACAGAAGACAAGCAUUCACAGGUGUGUACCUCUGCGUACUAUUUAUUGUCUGACCUGUACGUGCCUGAUAGUACUGUAAAGGAUGAUGCGUGGGAGAAUUCAGAUGUAGGAGAGUCAGACGAAGAAAUGUAUGAUAACGACUCGUGUCAGGAGGAGACAGGGGAUGGGGAAGAUUCUACGAAAUCAUUAGAUAUAAAGAACUUAUCCAAUAAAAACCAGGAAAGCAGAAAACGAAAUAACCAGGACAUCACCAAAGUACGGCCGAUAGUUGGAAGUGUAAACGAAAAAUGUGCUGAAGCUCUCCACAACAUACACAAGGGCCUACAAUGUCUUGAUCGAGAUUUCACAGAGCAGAUCCGAAAGAGUAAGAACUUAGUUGAGGAGCAGGUAUGGUGUGACAGCAAUCAGGCAAUACCUCUCCAUUACGUCCCUCUCCAGAAGUCUGCCCCACCCCACAACGAGUCAGAAUUCCCUCUCCAUGACCUUGACCACCUACAGCUGGCUGAAACAGAGUCAUCCUGCUCCUGGCAUCGCUUGUCAAAGGUCCUGUUGUUAAGAAAGGCAGCAAUGGCAUUCUACUCCUUGGCAAAGUUCUCAUUGUCCUCUCAGAAAACUGGCUGUGCCAUGAGAUACAUCAAGUCAGCCCUACGCUGCUUUGCUGGUGUGCGUGUCCUCCUGCCACAGAAGUUUGAGGAGAACCGAGAGUUACUGAUGAACAUGUUGGGUUUAGUCGGUGACAUCAUACUGAUGUUCAUUCAUGAUGGACAGGUGUAUGAUGAUAUCAGUGUUAACCUGAUCGAUUACACUGAGCAGGAAAUGGGCAUUCUGGAUAGUGUGGAGCGUGAACUUGACACUUUUGAACACAGCUGGGCAUGUGACCUGCGGGGAGGGAAGGACAAGCUGCUUCAGCAGUGUUCUUCAUGUUACAAGAAUGCCCUUGACCUUGCUACCAGUCAUAUGUCAUCCGACUCUCAGGCUUUUGUCGUUACAUUGAGAAAACGAUACGGAAAUGUGAAGAACGAAAUAGGAGUGUUCUUUAUGGGUCAGGCUCAAAAUUUCUUGCAGAAAUCAGACUUCUCCUCUCCUGAUAUUGACAUGGAGCGAAUGUGUGAGAAGAGUGAGGAAAGUUUCAAUCAGGGUAUCACCAGCUUCGAAUGUGUGUCUGACGCAGCCAAUCAGGCCUUGCUUCACUCCAACAAGGGAAGACUGAUGAGGCUGCGUGCCCAGGCUCACACCCAAGUAACACUACAGGGAGCCAGCCCAGAGUUUAGUCAGGAUGAGAGGAUGUUCUAUUGCAAGGCAAUAGACUGUUACCGUGUAGCUCUGACAUUACUGAAGUCACCCACACGCUACCCCGAUAUCUGGGAGUCAGUCUGCUGGGAGUUGUCCACCACAUACUACAACAUGGCCGUCCUUUUACAGGACUGUACUCCAUUAUCUACUGAACCACGACUAAAGGUAGAGAAAGAAGUUGCAGACCUGAUGAGUAAGUCAUUGAAGUAUUGUGACAUGGCCAGCACCUCGGCCCGACAGCCUAUGUACCAGUAUCGAGCAGGAUCUGUCAACCAUCGCCUGGCCUCCCUGUAUCACAAAUCCAUACGCACAGAGGUGAGUGAACAGAAGAAGAAGUACCUGCGACAUUUGGCCGAGACUCAUUAUUCUAAGGCUGCUCAUUUCUUCUCUGCAGUGGACUGUCAUGUAGAACUCCUGCGCACCAGACUGGAACAUUUCGCUCUGCUGGAGUUCAUCUUGUCGGGUUUAACCAAUAUUAAGCUACGUCUCAGGACACUGACCAGUGGCGUGUCAUUCUUACUUGAGUGUGAAAACGUUCUGACCGCUCUGCUGGCCACCAUUGGAGAGAUGGAUGACAAACACAAACAGGAGGCACUCAGUCUACUAGGGAUUCUUGAUUCGCGGCUUCAGUUCUCCCUCCUACAGCUUGUCAAGUGCUACACCAAUCUUAAACGCAGGAAAUCAGAACAGGAGCAGUUAAAAUCAUUAUAUGCUAAAAGUCUGAAGAAGGACUAUAGUAAAAGUGAGGGGAAUACAGGCGAGUGCAAUGAACUGACUGUGAUAGCAACUCAUCUUGUUCGUCUGUUGACGGAGUUCAGGAAGUUUUAUAAGGACACACUUCUUCAUGACCCAGGGUAGACAAACCCACUGAAGAUUCAAGGUGGUCCAGAUCUAUAGAAAGAUAUUUUUGAAUUAGUAUUAAUGUGAAAAGUAAUUAUUUUAGUAUUAAAAAAAAACAUAUUACUAAUUUAGAAUUGAGCACCAGGACAGAUAAUUACCAUGUUACCCAGGACAAUUUUACAAAAUGAAUGAACUUUCAUUUGUUCUAAAUAUUUGACUCAUUCAGGCCCUGAAUAAAACGUUUUUACAUUGAUUUUGAUUUCAUAAAACUCAUACAAAAAAGCACCUCAUGUAAGAUCCACUCUGUCCAAACAGUAGCAUUUAACAUUGAUGGUACAUUAUCCUGUAUGCGAUAUAGUGAUAUUAACCGACUGAGGUAUCGUUGUCUUCUGUUGUACAUGUACGUUGAAAACAUUAAAACACAUUUUGUGAUGUUAUUUUUACUACAA